AUGUGCUCCCAGAACAUUGGAUGGGCACAGUUCUGUGCGUUGGAGCAGCCCACUGCAGCCCACCAAGACCGCUCGGAAUCCUUGCAGAAUGUAUUUCCACAAGUGGUGAUUUCCCAACCAGUCUUCCACUGGAAAUGCAACGUCCGCUCAUACAAUGCAGGCUUCUGGAAAGUCCGUUCAGGCGUAAUAUUUGCAACUUGGGAAUUGAAUGCGGGCAGCAAGGGUCUCAAUAUUGAUUCUCCCUGCGAAAUGGGUCGUCUUCUGCUGCAAACUCGUGCGGGUCAUCCCGCUCCUGCCCAAAAAUACUACCCGAGCCUUCUCUUUAAUUUAUUUUGUAGCAUCAACUCUAUCAAGCAAGCCCCAAGAGAUCCUUUAAAAAAGGUAAUUUCUAACACCGCGUUGUUAAAUUCGGAUCCGGUCGAGCAACGGCCACUACCACACUCUCCAAUGGCCAAUGGCCUAUGGCCUGGUAGGCGGGAAAAAUUAUUUUCCUUGCCGGUGUCGUCUGAGGCGAAGCCGGGGAAAUGGAAACACGUAGGGCUCCCAGGGCUCUAUCAAGACCAAUGUUUCACGACACCUCCAACCACUACCCUGGUUUUCGAUAAUGCUCCUGUGGCACGGAAGUCUAGCAAAGGCCUCCAGGCGGAGAAUCAGGUCAUCUUGGCACGGAUCCUGCCUGCGCAAGGAUAUGGUAUUGCCGUGCAAAUAUCACACGUCUUUGUCGUGAUCGGUUUGACCUUCUUUCGGGAUCCAUAUUUUGCCUGUCUGCAAUUUGCUCAUUUCUAA